AGAAACAAACAUGAGUAGCUUCAAGCAGAUCCUGAAAGAGAUCGGGGAGUUUGGGUUAUUUCAGAAACGACUGGUGGCUGCGUUAUGCAUCCCCAGCAUUUUUGUGGCAUUUGAUGUGAUCUGUCAGGUGUUCACAGGUCUAAACUUCCCACAUCACUGUAACACUGACUGGAUCCUGGAGAAAGGGCCGAACCUGACCGAAGAGAGACAGAGAAAUCUGACUCUCCCUGUGAACAAGGAUGGGAAAUAUGAAAGCUGCACAAUGUUCAGUCCUGUGGAUUUGGACUUGGAGACUAUUGAAGCUUAUGGUCUUAACGAAACAACAGAGUGCAUAGGUGGAUGGGACUAUGAUGCAGCGGCAGGUGCUUCCAGCAUAGUAACAGAGGUAAGAGCAGCAUUUUAAUUCAUUUACAGAGUGAAAGUGUCAUUUCCCUUUAUCUUUGUGAUUGAUUUGAGGUGAUUGCUUGUUAUCAAUUUGCAUAAUUCAACCAGCCAAUCAAUGAUCAAUCUGUGUAAAAGUGACUGAAUCUUACUUCAAUACUUAAAUUUAAAAAAAAAAAAAAAAAAAAUAUAUAUAUAUAUAUAUAUAUAUAUAUAUAUAUAUAUAUAUAUAUAUAUAUAUAUAUAUUUACACACACAAUAGGAAGAAUAGUAUAAAAGAUGCUGUUCUUUAUUUAUCAGUUUGGCUUUAUAUCUGGCCCUUCUGAGCAACCUUACCUUUACCAAAAUAUAUGCUAAUGAAACCUUCAGUGUAUCCUGGCCGUGGCAUAUUCAUCCAGUUAGUGCAAGGCCAGGGUGCUUUUCACUUUAUGAGAAUAAAGGGAGACAAAGAAAGAAGAAAACAAAUGUCCAACUUGCCCAACAGAGUGCACAACACCACAAGGAUCAAAAUAUGAUGAUAGGAGGAAGAAGAAAGAAAACCCUAUUUAUUUGGAUCCACUAGAUGGCACACAAUAUCCAAAUGACACACCAGCUUGUUAUGAGCGAGGUUUCCAAACCUAAAAACCCUGGGACAGUUAUAACAUCAGCACCAUGUGUGGUCAAAGUGUCACAGUCUUAAUCUUGGUAUUCAGCCAACUGCGAUUCAAGUCCACGGACAUCUUUAACAAUCUUUUCUGUUUCUAGUUCAACCUGGUGUGUGACAGCAGCAGUUUGAUCGAGGCUUCACAGUCCAUCUACAUGGCUGGUCUUCUGAUUGGAGCGUUUAUAAUGGGGCAGAUGGCCGACAGGUAUAAAUACACAACCACCUGUUCUCCAUGUGCUGUAUAUGUUUGUUUAUUGUAUAGCAGAAGCAUCUUACUCACUUGGAUUGGGUGUCUUAAACUUAGCUGACACCUCAAACUUAGGUGUCAGCUGGGCUCAUGAAGAAAAAGUCCUGUUUUUACAUUUUCCACAUUAAAAUUCACAAUAAAUGAUACAUUUGACUCUCGGAAGUCACAAUGAUAAGACUUUUUUUUUUCUUUUUUGUCAAAAAAGACUGCUUUGUCCACAGGAGAUGUCAAAAUUGGUUCAAAUUGAAAGUUCCUCUCAGGAGCUUCAACAAUUGAGAGCACAGGCUGGUCUGUGGUAUCAUUUUCACUAAUGAAAUUAACACUGCUGUAAACAUGUUUAUUCCUGCUAUAAAAGUGGGCACACUCACAUAGGACUUCAUGGGGUUGCCUUAGGUCAGGGUUGAGAAAUCAUGUGCCACGGAGGGCCGAGAGGCUGCAGGUUUUCUUUCCAACCCAAAACUCCACCAGGUGAUUUCACUGAUUAGUCCCUGCUCUCUGCUUGGAGGUAAGGUAAUCAGUGAAAUCACCUGGUAGACACACCUGAUUCAAAUGAUCAGCUCAUUAUCAAGCUCUGAAAUGGCUUAAUAACGAGCUGAUCAUCUGAAUCAGGUGUAUUGGAGCAGGGGAACAUCCAAAACAUGCAGGACAGUGGGCCUCGAGGACUGGACUUGAGAACCACUGCUCUAAUGGAUCUUUGAGGAACUGCAGUUUUUUCCAGGGGUGCAUCGAUGUAGUCCUGUUUGAGGUUCCUUGGAUCCUUAAUGCCUUGUUAACUUGUUUGUAUAUACUUGCUUAGAGGAAUAAUGCUUCAACAGUGUGAUGUGACUCCUGCCUGAAACUCAAGAUCCAAGUACAGACCCCUCAGGCAUUAACUAGGUGGGGUCAGGAGUUUACGUGUUACCAUAUAAUGUCUUUGUAUAACGUCUCAGUCACUGCUGGUUCUUCUCUUUUCUUCGAAGGUUUGGUCGACGCUUUGUGGUCCUGCUUUCACACUUCAUUCUGCUGCUGUUUGGAGUCGGGGCCGGCUUCUCACCCAAUAUUUAUGUCUAUAUGGUGCUCAAAUUUUUUGGUGGCAUCGCUAUUUCAGGGAUAGUUGCAAAUGCAUUUGUGAUUGGUGGGUAAAUGUUGUGUCAAGUAUUGAAAAGUAUCCAGGAUGUUACCUUUUACCUUGAGCUUUUUCUGACUUUAAUAUUCCUUUACAGGUGGAGAGUGGAGUGAUUCUUCCAAGUUUGCUUUCUGCACCAUUAUUUGCCAUUCCUUUUUCCCUCUUGGACUGAUGAUGUUGUCGGGCAUUGCCUACCUGAUCCGCAACUGGAGGAUCUUGCAGUUUGUGCUCUUCAGUCCUCUUGUUAUUGUUGUGGGAAUCUUUUACUGGUAAGAAACCUUUCAGACAACCCUGUCACAGACUCAACAGUAUUUAGAAAAUGGCAUGAUAUACUCUUGAAUACAUUAUUUAGGGUUCUCCCAGAGUCAGCUCGCUGGCUCAUCACUCAGGGACGGAAGGAGGAAGCCAUCAAGGAGGUCCGAAGGGCAGCUCGAGUAAAUGGAAGGAAGGUCCCAGAGGAUCUGCUGGAGAAUGUAAGAAUAUGCAUCAAAUACACUUUUGUUUCAGUCCAAACUAAACACUAUAAAAGUCUGAUACUUAUACACAAUAACCAUUUUUGUACCUCUAUACUAAUAAGAUGGAGACGGAAGAUACAUCCAAAUCAGGAACCAUGUUGGAUAUUUUGAGGUUAUCUUACCUGAGAAAACGGGCUCUUAUUAUGAGCUAUGUCUGGUGAGUAUUCAUUUCAACUGAAAUAUGCUGCCACAUGUACAGCUACACUUUUUUCCCCCCACUGAAAUAUAGAUUUCACCUCAGGUUUGGGACAAGUCUGAUGUACUAUGGACUGAGCCUGAAUGUCGGCAACUUUGGUCUGGAUAUCUACCUGACACAGUUCAUCUUUGGACUGGUAGAGAUUCCCGCACGUUUAGGCAGUUUGCCUCUCAUCCAGCGCUUUGGGAGGAAGAUAGGUCAAGCGGGGGUCUUGUUUUUUGGAGGAGCUGCUUGUCUUGCAAUACUUGCAGUUCCAAAAGGUAAGCUAGUUGUCUUGUAAUUGGGGUGAUGUCGUGGUGACAUGUCAGUCUUGAAUGCAGUCUUCAUAUGGAUUUAUUAGGAGUUCAGUUGGCCUUGAAGGUCAGAAUACAACAACAUUUAGAGAGCAUAAUAAUUUAGGAAACACAUCAAUACACCAAACAUAGAACUGACAGUGCCUCCAAUGAUUGGGUGGCUGUGUAUCACCACUACAGUACUAUUAACUUGAAGUACCUCUUUUUUUAUUAUUCUUUAUUCUUCCCAAAUCCUUUUUCCUGUUCAAGCACUUGGAUUUUAGAGGUUUAUUCUACACAAAUACUGCUUUCUUUCAAAGACAUUCUGAUUCACUCUUGGAAACCAAAAAGGGGUCAUGUUCAGCACCAGAUAUAAUCUGUCUCCUGCGUGUGAAGGUGGGAUGUUUUAUACAAGUAGCACGUUAACCUGAGAUGAUAUGGUUUGUACACCUGUAAGUCUCACCCUUUAAAAGGCUGUGAAUGGACUUCUGAACUGAAGUAACCAAAGCUACCAAACACUCUACUGUCCUGAACCCAAAUUCCUUUAAGAUACAGACAAGACUUUAAGUUUCUGAAAAAUAUUAAACAACGCUUUUAAAAAGAGUUCCCAUUAGAGUUCGUAGAGGAAAGGAUUUCAGAAAAACGAGUAAGUUUCAGACUAAAUUUUUAACAAUUUUUUUCCAAAUGUUAGAAAUUUUAGUUUUUCAAAGUUUCUCACAUGUAAGGUCUUCAAAAUUUCCGGACAGGAGUGUUCAACAAUUCCCACAUUUCCAGAAAAUAACUUAGGAAAACAGGAAAUCUCUGAAGUACCAAAAUUUGCACAAAUAAAGGGACGUUUUCUACUAUUUCCAAUUUUUAGGUUCAUUAACAAUCAGGAAAACUAUGUAAAUCUCCAGAUAUUCAAACAUAUUACAUAAAAAGUUCUUGUAAGUUGCAACAUUUCUUUAGAUAUUCAAAACGUCAGAUUUUAUCCCCACUUUUUAACGAGUUUCAAAAUGAUUAAAAUAACAGAUUCUAAAAGUCUUUUUGUCUUGAAGUUUAAAAUGUAUACAAAAAUAUCUGAAUAUUCUUGAACAUAAAGAAUUCUGGACUAAAAAAAAUGUCAAUAUUUUUAAAUUAUCUAUUUUUUUUCUAAAGUGAGAAGGCUUGUGACACAGCAAAACUAAUCACUCCUUUGUUUUUGGAUUUUUUUUGUGUUUUAAAUGAGAUGUUGCUUAAUUUAUACACAAAAGUGUGUCUCUGAAAUGUUUUUUGUUUUUUCUCAAAUGUUGUCUGGCCAAAUCCUUAAAACUGUGUAGCAUUUUUGCUGAUCUUUUGAUUUCCAAAGAUGUCUCCCUCCCUAGGACAUGUUUUGCUUUAUGACAACACAAAAAUUGACUUCACAGGAUCAAGUCAAAGAUGUGUUUUUCUCCUGUUUAUUAUUGUUUAUCAGAUCUUCCUGAAGUGGUCACAGUCAUUGCUGUACUAGGAAAAUUUUCAGCCACUGCGAGUUUCUCGGUGGUCUACGUUUACACUGCAGAGCUGUACCCUACCAUAUUAAGGUAACCUCAGUUUUCACAGAGAUAAAACUUGUAACUAAAGGCUCAUCUUUGCAACUACUAAAUCCUAUUUGUUUUUUCAUUCCCUGUCCAUGCUGGUAGGCAGAAUGGUGUGGGUCUGAACUCCAUGUUUGCUCGUGUAGCAGGAAUCCUCGCUCCACUCAUCAGACUGCUGACCGUCUACCAUCACACCAUCCCUAUGCUGAUUUAUGGCUUUGUGCCUAUUUCUGCUGCAGGGUUUUGUUAUUUUCUGCCAGAGACCCUCAACGUUGAACUCCAAGACCACCCUGAAGUCACGUAAGUUUGUGAACCAUCUCAUGAACAGAGUCCAUAACUGAGAGUCAAAGCAUAUCUGUAUGAACAUUUUCUUGCCUAUAUUUUUCAGAAAUCCAGAGAUGGUUACUGAGCUGGGCUCCCUCACAGAUGAAGAAAAAUCAGAGAAGAAAACCAAAUUUUAAUUUAUAUGGAUAUGACUGUUUUUGUCCUCUGAGUGUGAGUGAGUGUGAGUAUGUGUGUGUGUCUUAUAUAUGCAAGUCUGCUCCUAACUUAUAACUAUAAUAUAAUAAUAACAAGUCAUUUAUCAGAAUGCAGUUACUUUCGAGCCAAGCUUCAACUUAAUCAUGUUUACCGUGUGUUUUUUAGAUGCAUUAAGUUAAACUGUAAAGAUUUUGAAUUGAUAUGCCUAUGAUAAAUUAUGUGUAUGUACAUUUGCCACAUGCUUAUUCGACUUUUUCUACUUUAAUUCAAGUAUUUGAAAAACUGACA